AUGAAGCAGCAGGGUAUCGAAUUAACAGACGUGACCGUAAAAGUCGACAGCAAUGUUGCGGAAAGUGCCGACAAUCUAGACAGUAACAAUACGAAGAUUCUAAAACCAGCCGGCGACAGAAGCGAACAGCAGAAGGUGGACAGUAAUACGUUGUCCUUCACGUGUCAGAAGGACGCGACAGCAGCUGACAAAAGGUCGCAUCAGGACAGCAGCGUUCUGCACAGCUCGAUCCAGAGGGACACAGGUAUACUGGACAGCAAAGAAGCGCAGAGCAGCAGAGACACACAGACUGUCAUAACCGUAACGAAUGACCUUGGGGAACAGCAACUGGACAGCACAAGUCCUGACAGCGUCAGCGGAGGGAUAGCUGACGUCUUCGGCCAAAUGUUGGAAUAUCGAGCAGUGAAAAUCUUGGUUUCUGUGAUGGUCCCUCUCGGGCUUUACCUGGCUGACGUCAUCCUGUCGGUGAUUCUGGUGGCCAGGUACCACGACACGGGACACCUGGGCUGGUCGUGGCUGACUCUGGGGUUUGUCGUGGGGCCGUCGGUGCUGCUCCAGAUCCUGGCCGCCGUGUUCCUGUCCUUCGAUGACGUCAUCGUGACCCGGGGUCGCGCGGCGGUGUACCUGCUGCACCUGCUGCAGCUGGGUGUCGUCAUCGACUACGUCAUCAUCCUCCUCCGCGUCUGGCGGGGCCUGGGAACGAGAGGCGCGGAUUACGUCACGUGGUUCCCUCCCAUGAUGCACCUGGUGGCGGCCGUGUCCCAGUCGCUGCCGCAACUCUGCACACAGGCGUACAUCUCAUUCCUGUCGGGCGACAUGAGCGGCCUCAGGGCUGCAGUUAUGGUCGUCAGUCUCCUGGGGGCGCUGCGGGCCGUGGUGGUGUUCCACUACAUCUGCUUGGGGCUGAAAAACGACGGGGAGGAGGGAACGUCAACAGAACAGCCAAUCAAAAAGGUCGUGCCCAGACUGACCCUGUUCGCGGUGUGGAAGGUGCUGGAGCUGGCGUCACGCGUGCUAGCGGUCGGGCUGUGCGCCUCUGCCGUCAGGCUGUGGUUCGCCCUGCCCCUGGGGAUACACUGGCUCGUCAUGCUGGCCAUGAUGCUGAUCGUGGUUCCGGAUCUUCACGAGUGCGUCGGCGUUCUGCUCGGCGGGAUCCUCGCCACCGUCGAGACCUUCAGCGUCAACUUCUCCAUGGCAACGACCUCCGCCCUGGGGGUCAACCUGGCUCUGACCCUGGCCGGAAACGUCGGCAUGGCAACGUACUGGUACGUUCUGCAGACCGGAGACAGCGGCUACGAGCUGACCUGUCUGGUUGCCACGGCAACGUGUUCUGUCGUCUCGGCCGUUCUGGGAGGAGUGUACGCGAAGUUGUUUGGGGAGGUGAAGUUCUAGAAUGUUGCCAUGACAACGGAGAGAAACGCGUGUU